AUGUCAGUACCCCCCAAAUUUGCAGGCACCGGCCUAGAGGAAGUGAAUAUUCCUGGUCAGGCGUAUCUUAGGGAAGCGCUCACUUCAUGUACUGAUCCAUUAAAGGCGAUUGAAAGUUUCCAGCUAGAAAAUGGGGUACUUUUACCUUCUUUACGUCCAAUGCUGCCCCUUCUUGAUUUGCAUGGUGUUCGCCGUCUUGAUUUUCAUACAUCCCUUAUGGAAGAAUUGCGCGAGAAGCUAAUCGCUCAUAUUAAUGAGUUAGGCCAAAAGGAUCCACGCGAGCGUGAUAAAAAAUUAAAGGAACUGUUGGUGAAAAGCUUUCCUGUCGUACGUGUUAAAGCAUUACGGCCAGUGGUAAUGGCAAUUUUACGUAAUACUCAACAUAUUGACGACAAGUAUUUGCGGAUUUUAGUGCGAGAUCGGGAACUUUAUUCCGAUACUGAUACAGAGGUUAAACGCCAAAUUUGGCGCGACAAUCAAUCGCUUUUCGGCGACGAGGUUUCACCACUUCUUUCGCAAUACAUUCGCGAGAAAGAGCAUGUUUUAUUCGAUCAUACAAAUCUGAAUAAUCUCUUUUUUCAUCCAUCGCCAAAAGUUCGAAGGCAAGGUGAAGUGGUACAAAAAUUGGCGAAUAUGAUUGGUCAAAGCGUUAAAUUGUAUGACAUGGUCUUACAGUUUCUGCGUACAUUAUUUUUACGUACCCGUAACGUUCAUUAUUGUACGCUACGUGCAGAAUUGUUGAUGGCUCUGCAUGACUUAGAAGUGCAGGAAAUCAUUUCAGUGGACCCAUGUCAUAAAUUUACUUGGUGUCUGGAUGCCUGUAUUCGUGAAAAAAAUGUUGACAUUAAAAGGUCUCGCGAAUUACAAGGAUUUCUAGAUAACAUUAAGCGUGGUCAAGAACAGGUUCUGGGUGAUUUAUCUAUGACCUUAUGCGACCCAUAUGCAAUAAAUUUUCUCGCAACAUCCGCAAUAAAGAUUUUGCAACAUCUAAUUAACAAUGAAGGGUUACCUCGUGACAAUACUAUACUUAUUUUGUUAUUGCGUAUGCUCGCAUUAGGAUUAAGUGCUUGGGUGAUGAUCGAUUCGCAAGAUUUCAAGGAGCCAAAACUUGAUUGUCAGGUUGUUACCAAAUUUUUGCCAGCGUUAAUGUCAUUGGUGGUGGAUGAUCAAUGCCGCAGUUUACAUUCAAAACUACCACCGGAUGAGCGUGAAUCAGCGCUUUGUACGAUUGAACAUUCUGGUCCCGCUCCGGAUGCAGUUGAAGCCUAUAUUCAAGAAAGUUCAGUUGCAAGCAUUUUGGCCAUGUAUUACACAUUACAUACGGCACGUCUUAAGGACCGAGUUGGUGUCCUACGGGCACUGGCAAUUUUAUCAGCUUGUAAAGACGACCGCGCCUAUGAGGAUCCCUUUCUGCACUCACUUAUUGCUCUGUUGAUACCAAUGGCUGAUGAAUUUUCAACUGAAGAUUUCUGCACAAUCCUUUUCGAUGAAUUCCUUUUUGUAGGAUUAACUCGUGACAACGUCACUAGACAUAUGUUAAAACUGUUAUGGUAUGUACAUAAUAAACUGCCAGCAAGUCGAUUGGCUACACUUAUGAAAGCUAUACAGCCAACAACGGGACAUAACGAGACUGUUCAUAAAUUAUAUGAAACACUACAGGAACGAAUUGGCACGACUCUACACGAAAGUCCAAUGACAGAACACCAAGAAGUUGAUUUCGACUCACCACUGAAAAGUGUUCCAACUCCUGGCCCAGCUUAUAUGCAGUAAAUCAUUAUUUACAUUAAUUUUUAGAUAUAAUCAUAUUAAAUAAACAAACAAUUGAUGAACAUAUGUA